AAUGAUAAAUGAACAUGCCCUUCCCAUGGGAAGGAACACUCGUUCAAGCUGAAAGUAUAGGGGAAGAAGCGCCUGAAGUCGGCGCCGGGUGUUCGGCAAGUGCGCAAAAUGGUACUCGAGUUUCAAACGCGUACCAAUGCGGAUAUACUGGAACUGAGCGCUGCGAACACGCGAAGAACGUCCGCAUGAUGAGGGCGAAUCGCCUUGUUUAGUCGCGAUUCGAUGCAAAAGACUGGACUUCGCCGACAUGUCGAAAGCGAGAACGGGUACGACUUUUUUUUUCUAAUGCGCCGAACGUAAACGAAACAAAUUUGCAUUUCACAUUUAUAAGAGAAAAUGUGGAUAUGCAGAGCUCUCGAUCGAAGCGUGCAGCUCAAGUGCUGUGGGCGUGCCAAAAUGCACGGAAGAGUACAAAGAACCGAGCAAACGCGUAACUAUUGCGCGAAGGUCAAACUAGAUGAUGCAAAGGAAGUCCGGCCGUGGUGGCGGGUGAAAGAGAGCGAUUUGGGCGAUUUGGAGAGGUUGUUGCACGAGAGGAGAAACGAAGAGAUGCAAGAGAUACAGAACUAUCCCACGGUAGACAUUUCUGAGGUAAUUCUAGAUUGGGAAGAAAAAAAGUGCUUGCUAGUUGAUUUGCGAUCCGAAAGUGAGUACCAGGCGUUGAGGCUGGAGGGAUCGGUGCGGAUACAGGGCUCUGAUUUAUGCAAGAGGUUCGAUGAAUUGAAGAGGCAUCUGGUUCAAAAGGGUACAAAGAAAGUUUACCUAUUGGACCAGUGUGGAUAUGGUGCCAAGCGUGCGGCAGUAAUGCUACGAAAGAGCGGUGAAUUCACCGAAUAUGACUUUUGUGUAGUAGAAGGAGGUUUGCUGAACUGGAUCAACGUCGCUAAUGAAAUGGUUUUGUUGGGAGACGACUAUCAAAGCGACGCGGUUAGGAAGGCAGGCGAGCUCCUUAAUCAAAGGGUGGAUUCUAAUGCAAGUCCACCGACUACAUUCAUACACAAGUUGUGGGAGCUGUUGGGAUACGAGCCGAUCGAGCACGAGGCGUUGCUUUUGGAUAAAAAGCGAGGAGAAAUCGUUGAAAAUCCGCACAGAAUAGAUGGUUUCCAUCCGGACUUAAAGAAAAAGCUUCUUUUGCUCCAAAAGCAUGUGAAUGUAGUCGAGUAAAAACUCCAGAUA